AUGCGCGGUCCGGGGCGGGGAUGCUUGAGGGGCGACGGCGUGAAGUGGCGGGCGGAGGAGGGCGCGGGUCUGUCUGUGUCCCGCAGGGCCCCAGGGGUUCUCUUGGCUUCUUACAGUUCCCCGGUUUUAUACGAGAGACGUGUCGUGAUCCAGCGACCAGACGGAGCAGGGCUGGAACCAUUCACGCAGCUUCACGCCGCGCCCUGUGGCGCCGGUCACCUGGAGGUAACCUUUGAGGUAUCGACAGCCGAGGGCAGCCCCAGCAGCCGGGGCAACGGCUGCCGAACCCGGUUUCGGGACCAGCGGGGCAGGGAUCACAAAAGCCCUUCAGAAAUCGGUUGCCGGUUUCAACACGGGCGAGGCGCGGACCUUGGGGGAGGCUGCCUCCCGCCGGCUGUCUUGCCGGGAAAGCAUCUCCCUGAUCUUCGCCUCUUAGGCCCGGAGCCCGGCUCCGGGGGCCGCUGCCGCCCCGCGCGUUGCUGUCGCUUUAAGGGCCGGCGGGCGGCGCGGCACCGCCGUCGUCCCGUGGUGCGUUGCGGCGGGCGCGCCUCAACAGGAGGACUUAAUUUUGGAACUCUGGGCUCUUCCACUGCUACAGCAACUACAUCAGCUCCUUCAGUGGGCUUUGGGAGUGGACUUUUUGGAUCAAAAUCAACAACUGGCUUUACACUAGGAGGCACCAGUACAGCAGGAACAGCAUCAACUAUUGCUACAGGACUGACGCUAGGCACGCCUGCCACCACAUCAGCAGCUACCACAGGCUUUAGUUUAGGUUUCAACAAACCUGCAGGUUCGGCCACGCCAUUUGCUUUACCUGUUACUUCUACCUCAGCAGGUGGCCUAUCAUUAUCAUCUGCUCUUACAUCAACUCCUGCAGCAGGAACUACUGGCUUUACGUUAAAUUUGGGUGGCACAACUGCACCAACUACAACUGCUUCCACAGGCCUUUCCUUAGGAGGAGCCUUAGCAGGUUUAGGAGGUUCACUCUUCCAGAAUACAAGCACAGCAGCAACAGGACUUGGGCAGAAUGCUUUGAGUUUGACUCUGGGAACAACUGCGGCUCCUUCAACUACUGCCAAUGAAGGUCUUGGUGGCAUUGAUUUUAGUAGUUCUUCAGACAAAAAGAGUGACAAAACAGGAACAAGACCAGAAGAUAGCAAAGCACUGAAGGAUGAAAAUCUACCUCCAGUAAUCUGUCAAGAUGUAGAAAAUCUACAGAAAUUUGUGAAAGAACAAAAACAAGUUCAGGAAGAAAUUAGUAGAAUGUCCUCUAAAGCAAUGCUUAAAGUACAAGAAGACAUUAAAGCUUUGAAACAACUUCUGUCUGUAGUUGCCAGUGGAUUACAGAGAAACACUCUUAAUAUUGACAAGCUGAAAGUAGAAACUGCACAGGAGCUAAAGAAUGCAGAAAUAGCUUUACGAACACAGAAAACUCCUCCUGGUCUCCAGCAUGAAAAUACAGCCCCAGCAGACUACUUCAGAAUCUUGGUUGAGCAGUUUGAAGUACAGCUGCAGCAAUACAGGCAACAAAUAGAAGAGCUAGAAAAUCAUCUUGCUACUCAAGCAAAUAAUUCACACAUAACUCCACAAGAUUUGUCUAUGGCUAUGCAGAAAAUCUAUCAAACAUUUGUAGCUUUAGCUGCACAACUUCAAUCAAUACAUGAAAAUGUAAAGAUGCUCAAAGACCAAUACCUUGGCUACAGGAAAACCUUUCUGGGAGAUGCCAUGGAUGUGUUUGAGGCAAGACGAACGGAAGCUAAGAAGUGGCAGAGCGCGCCACGUGUUACCACUGGACCGACCCCUUUCAGCAACAUACCAAAUGCAGCAGCCGUUGCGAUGGCUGCAACACUUACUCAGCAGCAACAGCCUGCUACAGGGCCACAGCCAUCUCUGGGAGUUAGUUUUGGAACGCCAUUCGGCUCAGGAUUUGGAAGUAGCUCUGCCUUUGGAAGUAGUGCCACAGGGGCAUCAUCGUUUGGGUUUGGAACUACAAGUAAACCAUCAGGAAGUCUAAGUGCAGGCUUUGGCAGCUCGACUACAUCUGGGUUUAACUUCAGCAAUCCCGGCAUCACAGCAUCAGCUGGCCUGACGUUCGGGGUAUCUAAUCCUGCAUCUGCAGGCUUUGGGACAGGAGGGCAACUUCUUCAGCUGAAGAAACCUCCAGCUGGAAACAAGCGAGGGAAAAGAUAGGCACCCCUUUUAGGGAAGGGGAAGAGAAUCAACUUUGUUCAUCUGAAAAGUCUAUUUUUCUAGAUUGAUGCAUUAGUUAAAUUGCAUCCCAGGAGAUUUAUAAAAAUUUUGCUACUUUUCCCUAGUCUGAAAUACAAAAUGGAAUCAUAUUGAACAGCUAUUUUCUUGUGAAUAGAAACCCGUUUAUGUAUUUUUAUUUUUGGUCCUAGUUUUAGAAAUGUUCUAUACUGCAUUAUUAUUAAAGAAUCUUGUAAAACCAUCUAUUUAACCUAAUGUUAGUAGCAGAAUAUUUUUUGUUAAUAAGCUUUAUACCAUAUGAAUAUAUGCAUAUUUGUUUUUUUGUACAGAUAAAAUAUAUUCUAGUACAAAUACUAGAGUUCAUAUCUUCUGUUCCUGGAUAUGGCCUUUAAAUCUACUUCAGGGUGUUUUUGUGUAUAUGGAUGUAAAUAUAUACAGUACAGUGCACACAUCUGUGUGUAUGUAUGUGUAUAUAUAUGUGUAUAAAAUACAGAUGUGCAAACCUCACCCCAUAGACAGGUCUCCUUUUCUUUGUGCGUUCUCUUUCUCCAUGUUCCCCUGUGGUCCCAUACCUUGAUGUUCCGAGGAGUUUCCAAUAGUGGGUCCUGGGCUAUGUCAUCAUUGCUUCUUGUGUUCUGUUGUUUAAGACCAGCUGACAUACAAUGUUUACUAUUUCAUAAAGUUUGGUAAGUAGUGGUUAGUAGCUGGAUUUUUUUAACCUUUUUCUUCACCUAUUUAGCAGCCAACUGUAAAGAAGAAUCUGAGGUUUUGACACAGACAUUUCAUAGGUGGUGUUCCCAAACUGGUUUUGUUUUUUCUGCUGAGCUGAACAGUAGAGUGUUGCAGGACUUCAGCUGAAAGUUUAGGAUGCCACGAGGUCUGUGUGCAAGCAGAGGGUUGUUGGGCUGGAUGAGCUUUUCCCUGCAGUUGGGGGAGAUAGGAUAUGCUAUUCUAAUGAAAACCCAAAUUAGCUGUUACAAAAAUGGAGUUGAUUCACUAGCUUCUUGUCAGUGCUACUAGCACUGACUUAAAAGCAGUUGCGUAUCUGCUGUCAAUACGAGGUAUAGUACAAUAACUUGCUGCUAAGGAAUGGAGGAGGAAAAUGAUGCAAUUUGAAGGUUAAACCUCUUGCAACAGUAGUUUAUGAAUCUUGCAUAUUACAACAUCAUAGCUUGUUGUGCUGCAUUUCCAAUUUGGUGUGCACUAGAAGUAGCUGGGAAAACAUCUUAAGGAGGGAAUAAUAGCUCAAUUGUAUCUUUGCAAAUAAAGAUACAGGCUGAAGUGUGAACAUGGAACUUUGGAGCCAAGUUGCUUUUUAUGUAGAAGAUGUUUUGUAUAUAACAUGCAUCAAAUGAAUAUUCACAAUCAUUUUCACAAAAGCACCUUUUUUUCUAAAACAGUUACAGUGCUUAAGAUUUUUCUAGUACUAGGUCAUUUGCUUUCUAUUGUUAGAGUUACUACCAUUUUGUAUGUUUUGGAAAUGAUGUCUGCAUUCAGCAGUGAUUGCUCUUUGACAAAUGUUCGGUUUGUCACUUGAUCUGAUAAAAUUAAGGGAAACUGAGCACAGAAUUCUUCACUUUUGUACUAGUAUGUUAUUGCAUCUUUGUGAGCAGUCUCUUAGGAAGGGAUACAAUGGUUUUUUUUAAUG